AUGGGUAAACAAACCAACCUGUACUCCUUCCCAGACGUGGCCUCGCUGGCCCCGGCUCUCCGGUCGUACGUCAUCCAGUGCCAGAACGCCGGCAUCGCGCGCCACGGCGUCUUCAAGGUGGCCGUGUCCGGCGGAAGCCUGCCCGCCACACUCGCCAAGGCGCUGCUGCUGCCGUCCAGCACAUCACAAAAUGCUGCGUCCGCAGCGUCACCAGGAGACAGCAGCGACGAUGUCGUCCGCUUCGACAAGUGGGAGAUCUUCUUCGCCGACGAGCGCGCCGUGCCCCUCGACCACGCCGACUCCAAUUACGGCCUCCUCAAGACGGAGCUUCUCGACAAGAUCCCCGCCGGCACGGGCCAGCCCAUUGUGCACCCCAUCGACACGUCCGUGCUCGAGGACACGCAGGAGCUUGCCGACAAGUAUGAGCAGGUGCUCGUAGGCUCGUUUGCCAGCCGCGACAGCGUGCGCCUGCCGAUUUUCGAUCUGCUGCUGCUGGGCUGCGGGCCCGACGGCCACACGUGCAGCCUGUUCCCGGGCCACGAGCUGCUGCGCGAGACGAGCGCGUGGGUCAGCCCGAUCGAGGACAGCCCCAAGCCGCCGCCGCGCCGGAUCACGCUGACGCUGCCGGUGGUCACACACAGCGUGCGGGUGGCCUUUGUGGCGACGGGUGGCGGCAAGAAGGGCAUCAUGAAGCAGAUUUUCGACGAGGACAGCGGCCUGCCGUGCGCUCUGGUCAACGAUGGCGCGGGCGACCGGUGCAGCUGGUUUGUGGACAAUGCGGCCGUGGAGGGUGUGAGUUUCCCCAAGCGGGGAUUCAACUUGUAG